AUGCGCACCGUCGUCGCCCUCUCCGCCUUUCCCAAGCUCGCCGGCCAUAUUGUCGCCGAGGUGCGCGACGUGGACAACGUGGAGAACGUGCGGCUCGUCGCGCGGCACCCGAUUGAGUGCGUCGUUGCGAACGACACCAUCGGCCGCAUGAUGAUCAAUUGCGCCCGCCAGCCAGCACUCGCGUCGGUGCUCGAGUCGCUCCUCGGUUUUGAGGGCGACGAGUUCUACCUCCGCGCCUGGCCCGAUCUGGUUGGCCGCUCCUUCCACUCCAUCUUCCUCGAGGAUACGCUUGAGGGCGCUGUACCCAUCGGCUUGCGCAAGCGCAACGGCAGCAUCAUCCUCAUCCCCGGCCCCGAUGAGUUGGUCGACGACCACGAUGAGGUGCUCGUGCUAUCUCGGCUUGGGCUCGGCGAAUCUCGGCUAAGCUCAGUGCGAAUGUCGCCAGGCGCCAAGCCGAGCGAGGAAGAGGAGGACGACUCGGAGGAGGAGCACACACCGCGCGGCCACGGGCUGGUUGGGGCUGACCGUGCGCAACACUACCUCUUCCUCGGCUGGCGCAACGACGUGGCGGACAUGGUUGCAUACCUGGAUGAGAUUGCGCCGCACGGCUCUACUCUCACCAUCGCCGCGCAGCUGCCGCUCGACGAGCGGGAGCUCCAGAUGAACGCCGAUGGCCGGCACCGGCGGGACGGUCUGCAGAACCUGACGCUGACUCACAUCGUCGAGUCGGUGGUCAGCAGGCACGCCCUCGAGAUGCUGCCGCUGCUCGCGUGCGACGCGAUCCUCAUCCUCUCGGACCACGGCCAAAGCGGCGAUCCGACCCACGCCGACUCGCUCGCCCUCGCUGCUCUGAUGCUUACUCGCGACAUACAGCGGCGCUGGUGCCACGACCCGACCACCACGCUGCCGCCGCUCGCCGAGGGAAUUCCGCUCGAGCUCGCGUCGGACCGUCGCCCGCGGCUGGACGACGCCAAUCCCACGUCGGCGGGCGGCGCUUCCCCCUCUCAUUGGCACACCCUCCGGCAGAGCCACCGGAGCGGCCGCCGCCGGCGCGCAUCACGCGAGCUCAACUCGGAGUGCACCGUGGUCACCGAGCUGAGAGAUAUCUCACUCCAGCGCAACGUGCGGGCGAGCGGCCUCGCCGAAGGCGACUUUGUCGCAUCCAAUGAGCUGGUGAGCCCGAUCCUGAAUACCCUCCUCGAGUCGACGGGGCCGAGCCUCCUCAUCCACCCGUCAACAAAGUAUGUCAAGGACGGAAGGUGCUGCAGCUUCCUCAAGCUCGCCUCCAAGGCGCUCGCCUAUGGCGAGAUCGCGAUCGGCUACCUCGUCGACGGCAAGACCCUCGUGCUCAACCCGCGCGACAAGGCCGAGAAGCUGAUCAAUUGGCACCACGGCGACACGGUCGCGGUCAUUGCCAUGCUGCCGCCCUCGGGGACCAAGACGUCGGCCGAGGCGAGGUGGUGA